AAAUUUAUUGUAGAUUGUGAAUAAUAAUAUUUUUUAAUAAAUUCACCUGUUGAAAAAAACAAAACAAGAAAUAAACUAUUUAAAAAAACGGUAUUUAUAUUUUUUAUAUGUAAAAUACAAAUACUUGUUUUAUAUACUUAUAUAACUAUAAAAAGAAAAAAAUCAAUAAUUAUCUAUCUUUUUACCUAAAAAAAUAUAAAAACCAACACAUCAUCACAACUUGCAAAAAAUUAAUCCCUAAUUGAAUACAAUGGAACAGACAUCAUUACAACAGCAGCAUCUAGUACAGGCACAACAACAACAGUCAAGGAGUAAUAUAAUAAAAUCAACUAUGGCCCCUCUAUCGCCCUGUCCCAUUCCAGAUAUAAGCGACGAUGAGUUGGUUUCUAUUUCUGUGCGUGAUUUAAAUCGCACUUUAAAAAUGCGUGGUCUGAACCGCGAAGAGAUUGUACGUAUGAAGCAACGUAGACGUACUUUAAAAAAUCGUGGCUAUGCUGCCAGUUGCCGUAUUAAACGUAUCGAACAGAAAGAUGUUCUAGAAACAGAAAAGUCGCAUGAAUGGACAGAACUGGAACAAAUGCAUGAAGAUAAUGAACAGUGUGCUAGAGAAAUUGAAACGUGGAAAAAGAAAUAUGCUGCCCUUUUGCAAUUUGCUGCCCAUAAUGAUAUUCCUAUACCACCGGAAUUGGAAACUUGUUAAUAAUAUGAGGGAGAGCAACAUUUUUCUUUUGCAAUUUACUGAGUACAAGUUUUUUUUUUAAUUAUUUUUUUUAUAAAAUUUAACUACUAUUUAGAUAUAAGUUUAGACAAAUUAAGAUUUUAUGUUUAACAAAUAUAUACAUAAUUAUUUUUAGUAAAAAAUA